AUAUUUUUCUUGCAACCUUUAGUGUCGCUUCUCGUCGAUAUUUUCCCAGAUAAUUCCGCAUUUUCACGGGAAUCGAAAAUUUCCAUAUGCCUAAGCACCUGUGGAGUUUGUGAACCUGAGUCACGGGUAUUUACCGAGCAAGCCGGAUAGCUCGAAAUCUCAACGAAAUCUCCAAACUUUUUGCACUAUAUUUGGCAUCCACAUCGUUUGUUGUUUAAGAUGAACAGCAUUUUGUGGAUAUGAAAAUUGCCCUUCCCAAUGAAAUCGUGGAUUGUACUUGAUAUAUUGAGUAUUUGCGUGCUUUUUAGUUUGAGAGUUCAUGCCUGAUUGAAUAUAGUACAGUAAAGGUCCGCUUAUGUACAUGUAACAUGCACACAAUCUGGAAACAUGGUCAGUGUUACAGUAUUUCAUAUUGUUGCAUGAUGUUUGCUGUGGUACACUCAGCCUGACCUCAACUUCUACCCCAACAGACCAUACAUGUUGUUAUUUUAGUCAUGUAUUUUUAUUUUAUUUUUAUACAUUCUAGUCAUGGGCAUCAAAAGAUUUAGAGCAGUUUCUAAGGAUGAUGAGAACCAUCAACUUCAGGCAUAACGUCGAACAGACAAGAUUUGUCAUCUUCCCGGGAGAGACUCCUAACAUGUCAGUUCUUGUGACAGUCCUAGAGUCCAUGGGCAUUGAAUGGGACAUUGCAUAUUAUCAUUGCAAUCCUGUAGUACUACAAGAGAGCUGUUCCUUGACAAAGUCAACACACCCUCUCAUUUUGACAAAAACAUGUCAACCAAUCAAAGGAGAUGACCUAUUCACGCAGUCUGCAGAUGAGUUCUUUGCAGAAAAAGACACUGGAAUCACCCACCAAAGGCAAUUUAAGCCAGUUAAAUUGUAUGUAAAAUUGCUAAACCUUUUUGUACAGGACAAAACUCUAUAUGUAGUUGAUGCCUGCGGAGGUUCAGGAUCAUAUGUGCCUUAGCUUGCCAAGAACUUGGUGUAAAAUGCCUAGUUCUUGACAGGUCUGCUAUUAAAGUGAGAUUAAUCCAGCAGAGGGAGGGCUAAAUAAAUCAGGUAAACCCAGCAAAUACAGUAUGUACCUGACAGUAGUGAUCUUAAUAUGUUGUUUUUUUUGAAAGUGUGUAUGGUAGAGUUGCUGUUCAUUGCCGUACCAGCUUCUAUGUUAAGCUCAAGAAUGUAUUUUAUUAAUGUAAUUUAUUUAAUUAAUUAAUUAUAUGAUUAAUUGAACAA